AUGGCAAUCAUGGGUCUCGACAAGGAGAAUCGACCGCCGCAAGGCACGUCGGUGGAGACAAACGGCAAACCCACUGGCGGCAGGAUCACAUUGACUCCCUCAAGACUACUGCAGCGAGCGAAGAAGCAAGAUCAGUAUUUCGAAGUUGGCAAAGUCGGACGCAAAACCGGCCUCACCCUACCCGACAACGGCGUACGCGACGAACACGGACUCGAACCAGUAUCAGGCAUCUUUGACUCGCCCAUCAAAUCGCCGCGGCACAGUGGCGAUCACGAUCUCACGAGCGGCAGCGACAUGCAUAUGCAGGAAUCCUCCGCGACCGAAGUCGAUCGGGCAUUGCAGAUGCGCAAAACGCCCAAACUCCCUCCACCACGUGCGUCAACACCGAAGCACACCAAUAUUGGCAGUCCGAAGCGCAUGUCUACAGGCCGACAACCACACACGACUGGCAAACCUCUGAUCCCACGCGACCGCGAAGGGACGACAUCGCCAGAACGGCAAUUGUCGCGUACACAGCCGCCCGCGAAUAGGACGCUCAAUUUCCGUGAGGCUGGAGUCGCAAAGAGUAUCGAGACUCUGAGCCCCUUCAAGCCAAAGAAGAGCUUGAGGCGGUCAAUGGCGCGUCGGGAUCCCUUUGCUUCUCCGGAGCCAGCGAUGAGAGGGAUCCCGAGGUCAAACAGCGUGGCUGAGGCUAUUGAGACAGCCGAGGAGACUGCAAGGUGGAUAUCUACGGACGACUCCCCGAUCGUGCAGCAGAAUAAAGAUGAUUGGCAGCCUAUUGUGGACGACGAUGAUUCUGUACAGCCGGAGGAGGGAGAUUCUGAGCUGCCACGACAAGCUUCACCAUCCACACAACUUUCGGCACGACCAAGCAGUUCACACAGCGACAAUCCUGAACGAACGCUUUCUGGUGGCACGGACUCAGCAAGCAGAAAGCGCCAUCGAGCAAGCAUGGAAGGCGGACAGGAUGCUAAGCCAUCUGUGAACAAAGCGGGCCGGCGGCGUACCACGGUUUUCGACAGCCCGGUCGCAAAGACACAACAGAGCCGGAAUGCGUCCGACGAGAGUGUGAUGCUCCAAGACGAUGGCGAGACUGGAAGUAUUGAUCCAUCCUUACUGGCACAGAGUGAGCAGUACAGCGUGCAUGAAGCGCCAGCUGAUCCAAUUGAGCCACCAGCGAAGAAGUCCAAAACCAAGAGCAGAGCAGCUGCAUUGAAAGAGCGCGAUCCAAAUCGACCAAGCAGACCACCUGGAAGUCCCGUCAAGCUCAACGAUGUACCUGGCACAUCUUCCAAAUCUCCAAGCAAACGUCCUGGAAGCCGAGGGAUGAGUCUUGGCCCAAGCAACAAUUUGAACUUCCGAGCUACGACGCCCUUUGAAGACGCUACAGGCACAUCGCGUUUCGGCCGACCAAUCAUUCAGCCACUCCAGUACUGGGCAAAUGAGACCCGAGUCUGGAAAAACGGCGAGUGUGAAGGCAUCAUUCGUGCUGAGGAAGUCGUCAAACCUAAGCCGAAGAAGAAGAGUCGCAAGAAGAAUAGAAAGACCACGACGAGACUUGAUGACAUUGAUGAGGACAGUGAGACUGAGUCUGUCAUGGCCGACGAGUGGGAGCAGGAGAUGGGCGUGAUCGCUGGCACGGUGGCGAAUUGGGAUCCUGUGACACAGUCUGGCAAUGCCAGUGACCCCAUCAAAGAAGGCAAGUCAAGUACCUUUUCACACCACUUCUUUCAGCACACUGACAUAUGCCCCACAGAUCUCGCCUUCGCCUCGACCUCAAUCAUAACACGAGACGUACCCGGCAGCGAAUUCAAGUACGCCAAGAUCAUGACCCUACCUUUCUUCGGCUCAGGUAUCGUCGAACUACCGCCGGAAGGCUUCAAGCGCGCAAAGAACAGUCGCAAGAUGCAAAUGUGCUUUUUCGUGCAUGAGGGCAAAGUCAUGGUGGAGAUUGGUGCGCAGGGGAUGCAAGGCGAGGUGAACGCUUUUGCGAUCUCGAAGGGUGGUGUUUGGGUCGUGCCGAGAGGCAACAACUACGCCAUCACGAACGAGAGUCGGACGAAGACUGCGAAGAUCUUCUUUGCACAAGGUUGUGAAGCCGAUGCUUCGAUGUCAACUACUGCUGCUUAG